AUGUUAGAUGUAUACUUUAGAAGUAUUAAGAACCAUGUAGAAGAAAAAACUCUUUCUUUAAGUUAUGCGAAAAAUGUAGAAGAAUUUAGGAAUGAAUGUUUAAAUUUGGCUGGAUAUCUUAUACAGAAAAUGUCUCCACCAAAAGGGGAAACCCCAAGAACUUGGGAAGCAGGAAUAAAGCAUUUACUGAGGCAUUACUUCAAUAAAACAACUAAAUAUGGAAAAUGCCCUAUGAUUUUACAUAACAAACAUAAAGAAAUUUUAGAAUUAAAGUAUGAUGAAGAAGAUUUCUGUAGAAAAAAACGAAGAGAUUUACUUAAAAUAGAUGACUUAAAAAGAAGUAUAUCAUGUAAAUGUGAUAAUGAAUAUUUAACCAAAUGCAAAGAAUAUAAUGUGUGGAUAAAAAAGAUGGAGAAAAAAUUUGAUCCAAAAAAAAGCCUCAUUCAAACAUGUUAUAAAAAAAAAAAACCUAAAAAUCCAUUAUUAAUAUGCGAUAUACUGGAUUCAAAAACUUUUGAGGAACUUCAUGAUUGCUCAUGUACUCAUACAGAUGCAAUUUGUGAAGAAUUAACUGGAAAAGAAGAAAAAACAUUACAAGAAGCAUCUGCAAGUAAAGAUGAAAGUAUAUCUACUUCACAUCUUCAAGCGGAACAGGCCUUGAGUGAUACCCGUGCAUCUAUAACUACUCAACCAGUAGGAAAAAUUCAAAGCGAAGAGCAACAUGAAAUUCAAGUACAGCUACAAAACCAAAUUACAAAUAAUCAAGAAGAAAAUCCGGAUACCCCUCAAGUACAAGAUACAGAAUCACCAUCUUCGACAGUUUCAGAAUCUAGAGAAGCUGAAGCAUCAGAACGUCUUACAUUAGUACAACAGAAAUCCCCUGUGACCUCCCAUCCUUCUGAAACUAAUUCGUUAAUUAAUUCUGCAUCAUUUUCUUCCCCAGAUAUUCCUCUUCCUCAUAAAUCUUCGAAAAUUUCAGUUUUCAGUAAUAAUAUAUUUCAUGAAUAUGUAUUUUUUUUUAUUUGUAAAUACACAUUAAUGGGACAGUUAAAAAAAAAAAAGAAGAUAAAAAGAAGACAAGCAAAAUUUCUUAAAAUACUAAUACCUUCACAUUCGGACAGAAAAAAAGUAUUUUUAACUCAUAAUCAUUUGGAACACCCAUAUUAUGAUGAUGAAGAAAUUACUAAAAAAAUAAAAAUACUUGAACAUAACAUGAUAAAAAAUUUACAUGAGUCAAAGGAAAAAAAGAAAAGGUCCAAAACUAUUAUAGAAGUACAUAUGGAAGUGCUUCAAGAAUGGAAAAACGAAGAAUGGAAUUACAAAAAAGGAGAAUUUUUAGAAAUAUGCUUAGAAGUGUUCACAAAAGAGUUAUAUGGACUUUAUCCUAAUUUAACAAAUGAUGAACUAAUAAUGGAAAAUAUUAAAAGUAGCAAUGAUAUUGAAAAACAAAAAAAUUUAUGGAAUAAAUGGAUAGAAAGACAUAGAAAUAUUUCUGAAAAAUUGAAUAAAGUGGACUGGUAUAAUAAUUUGAAAAAUGAAUGGAAAAAAGAAAAAUUUUACAUAAAAGAAAUGGAAGAAUUAAAAAAUAAAUCAUCGAAUAAAAAACAAAAUAAUCUAUAUUUGGAAAGAGAAAAAGAUUUGUGGAAAAAAUGGAUACUAAAAAAGGCGUAUAUUAUAGAACAAUAUUUUGAACAAGAUUGGUUUAAAGGACUAACUGAGGAAUACCAGAAUUUGUUAAAUGAAUAUAAAAAUGAUGAAUACGAAAAUGAUGUGUCAAUAAUAAAUAUAGAAGAAUUGGAACACAAAGAAAAUUAUGAAGAAUUAUAUAAAUAUAUAAAAAAAAAAUUACUAUCAAAACUUUGUAUAUUAGUACUUAUGACAAUAUUAGAAGAAUGCAAAAAAGAGGAGUAUAUAGAAGAUAGAGAAUUACAUUUAGAUAGUUUUAUAAAUAAAAGGAAAACUAAAAAAAAUUCAGAAAAAAUACCAGAAAUUUCAGACAAAUUUAUUGAAAAGUAUAGUAACGUUUAUGAAAAUAGCAAAAAUAGCGAUAUUCAAAAUAAUAUAGAGGAGAACUUCUUUAGGGAAGAGAUGAACGAUUGGAUAGGAGAAGAAGUAACUUAUGUAAAUUCCACAGAAUGUGUAAGUAAUAUUGACAAAUAUUAUAACAGUACAACCUAG